AGGAAGGUCCACCAUGAGCAAGAAUUGGGCCUUAAACUCCUCAGAAAACUGGAAUCACACCUGGAGCAGCAAUGACACACAGCAUUAUUGGUACUCUGAUAUCAACAUCACCUAUGUCAACUAUUAUCUUCACCAGCCUCAAGUGGCAGCAAUCUUCAUUAGUUCCUACUUCCUGAUCUUUUUCCUGUGCAUGGUGGGAAACACUGUAGUUUGCUUUAUUGUGAUAAGAAACAAACACAUGCACACUGUCACCAAUUUCUUCAUCUUAAACCUGGCAAUAAGUGAUUUACUGGUUGGAAUAUUCUGCAUGCCUAUCACAUUGCUGGAUAACAUCAUUGCAGGGUGGCCAUUUGGAAGCAGCAUGUGCAAGAUCAGUGGGCUGGUGCAGGGGAUAUCAGUUUCGGCUUCUGUCUUUACCUUGGUUGCCAUAGCCGUGGACAGAUUCCGGUGCGUUAUCUACCCCUUUAAACCAAAGCUCACUGUCAAGACAGCCUUUGUCACUGUUGUGAUCAUCUGGGGCCUGGCCAUCAUCAUCAUGUCUCCGUCUGCAGUAAUGUUACACGUCCAAGAAGAAAAAUACUACCGUAUAAGACUCGGCUCCCACAAUGAAACCAGCACUGUCUACUGGUGUCGGGAGGAGUGGCCCAAACAGGAAAUGAGGAGGAUCUACACCACCGUGCUGUUUGCCACCAUCUACCUGGCUCCACUCUCCCUCAUUGUUGUCAUGUAUGCAAGGAUUGGGGCUUCCCUCUUCAAGACUUCAGCACACGUCCCAGGCAAGCAGCGCCAGGAGCCGUGGCAUGUGUCCAAGAAGAAACAGAAGGUCAUUAAGAUGCUGUUGACCGUGGCUCUCCUUUUCAUCCUCUCCUGGCUGCCACUAUGGACUCUGAUGAUGCUCUCAGACUACGCUGACCUGUCUCCUAAUAGACUGCGUGUCAUCAACAUCUAUGUCUACCCUUUUGCCCACUGGCUCGCCUUUUGCAACAGUAGCGUCAACCCCAUCAUUUAUGGUUUCUUUAAUGAAAAUUUUCGCAGUGGUUUCCAAGACGCGCUCCAGAUCUGCCGAAAGAAAACAACACCCCAGGAAGCCUACGUCCUGAGUGCUAAAAGCAAUAUGGUCAUAAACACAUCUGGCCUGCUGGUCCAGGAACCCGCAUCUCAAAAUCCAGGUGGGGAACAUUUGAUGGGUGGAGAAAGGGCUGAAAAUCCCACACAGGAAUUCUUGAUGGAAGAAAUGGGAGAAGGUACUAACAGUGGUGAAGUUUAG